AUGCUGUCCGCCCGAUCUCGACUCGUGUCUGGCCGUUGCUUGAGGCUGCCGCGCGCCGUCGCGUCGUCCGUCAUCCACUCCCCAGUGCGGAGACUCCAAGGCGUCAACACCCUGACCCACUCCGCCUACCUCACGACCGCCUCGGACAAAGACCCGUACCCCUACCAAGUCGGGUUCGGCAACCGCUUCGCCAGCGAGGCAGUCCCUGGCGUCCUGCCACACGCCCAGAAUAGCCCUCAAAAAGUCAAGUACGACCUCUAUACCGAAUCCAUGACGGGUACCUCGUUCGUGGCUCCCCGAGCGGAGAGCAGGACCGCUUGGUUUUACCGCAUACGGCCCUCGGUCGCCCACCAGGGCUUCACGAGCCUCCCAGACAACCCCGACCUGGAGCACGACUUCUCGCCCUCGAACCCGCGGGUGCACGUCAGCCCGACCCAGCUCGCCUGGCUGCCCUUCGACAUCCCUUCCGCCCCGACGGACUUCAUCGCCGGCCUCAAGACGCUCUGCGGGAGCGGCGACCCGACGCUGCGCGAGGGCAUCGCGUUCCACAUCUACGCCGCCAACGCGUCCAUGGAGAACAAGGCCUUCUGCAACAACGACGGCCACAUGAUGAUCCUCCCGCAGCAGGGCCGCAUGGACAUCCAGACCGAGUUUGGAAAGUUGAUGGUGAGGCCGGGCGAGCUCGUCGUCAUCCAGCGCGGGAUGCGCUUCAAGGUCCUACUUCCCGACGGCCCCUCGCGCGGAUACAUCCAGGAGAUCUUCGGGUCGCAGUUCGAGCUGCCCGAGCUCGGCCCGCUGGGCACGCACGGCCUCGCGAACCCGCGCGACUUUGAGACCCCCGUCGCGAGCUUCGACGUCGACCAGUCUCCGUGGGAAAGUACGGUCGGUGGGAAGAUGUUUGCGUGUAAGCAGGAACAUACGCCCUUCGACGUCGUCGCCUGGACCGGCAACUACGUGCCGUACAAGUACGCGAUGGAGAAGUUCGUGAACGUGGGCAGCAUCUCGAAGGACCACAUCGACCCCUCCAUCUUCUGCGUGCUCACCGCCAAGUCGAAGAUCCCGAACCACUCGCUCACGGACCUGCUCAUCUUCAGCCCGCGCUGGGACGUCGCCUCGCACACGUUCCGCCCCCCGUUCUACCACCGCAACAGCGCGACGGAGUUCAUGGGCUUGGUGUACGGCGUCUACGGCGGCCGGAGCGACGAGUUCCAGCCCGGAGGCGCGAGCUACGAGACGGGCUUCUGCCCGCACGGAGUGUCCUACGACGAGUUCAGGGCGGCGACGGAGGCGGAGCUGCAGCCGAUGAGGGUGCACGAGGGCACGAUGGCGUUCAUGUUCGAGUCGAGCUUCAUGCUGCCGCUUACCGACUACGCGAUGAAGCGCACCGGGAAGCUGCACGAGCACGAGCCGAAGAUGUGGGACAACCUCAAGGGCAACUUCUUGAACCACCUCGGCGAGGUCAACGCGGACCUGCGCGCCGCCGGGCUGGAGGAGGUGCAGCCGAAGGCGUCCAAGGCGCCCAAGGCGUGAGAUGGCUGGCGUCCGUCCUUUGCGCGCUUCGGUCGCGGUCGGUUGAGCCGGGGUGUCUGUUCCUGUAUUUUUAGCGCCUGCGCGUUGCCGUGUGCCUGCGAGAUCAUCGAUCGUGCUAAGCCUAUGCGCGAUUUUUCUUGAGCGGUUAGUGGGGUCGUGGAGACUGUAUGUAUGCAACAUGCACAUGCGCAUGCAAAUUUAUUUAUUUUGGUCAGCGC